AGAGAAAUCCCAUCUUUUCACUCACUCAAGAAAAUGGCUUCUCCUUUGUGUGCUUCUCUGUUUUGCUUCGCGACCCUCUUUCUCCUAUGCAGCUUUGCUGCAGCUACUCAGCCUGGUCUCAUUUUGACACUUGUUAACAACUGCCCUUUCACCGUUUAUCCAGCUAUCCAACCCAACGCUGGCCACCCUGUCCUUGAAAGAGGCGGCUUCGCCCUCCAAACCCUGACCCACCGUUCCUUCCCUGCACCAACCGCCCACUGGUCCGGCCGUAUCUGGGCCAGAACCGGCUGCACCCACUCCAACGGCCAUUUCUACUGUGCCACAGGAGAUUGUGGCCACCGCAUAGAGUGCAAUGGCCUCGGUGGGGCCACCCCCGUCACGCUGGCACAGUUCAGUCUCCACCACGGUGGCCACAAGGACCUCUCUUCCUACGCCGUCAGCCUUGUGGACGGUUUCAACGUCCCCAUGACUGUGACCCCACACGAAGGCAAAGGCCUUUGCCCUGUCGUUGGCUGCAGGGCUAACCUACUCGCCACGUGUCCAGACAAGUUGCAGCUUCGGUCGCCGCCGGGUCACGGUCCGGUAGUGGGUUGUAAGAGCGGAUGCGAAGCCUUCGGUACGGACGAGCUUUGUUGUCGGAACCAUUACAAUAGUCCUCAAACGUGUAGGGCUUCGAGUUUCUCAGAGUUUUUCAAGCAUGCUUGUCCUGCCACGUUUACGUAUGCUCAUGACAGCCCUUCGCUCACGCACGAGUGUGCUUCGCCACGUGAGCUUAAGAUUAUCUUCUGUCACUAGGCAGACAUUAACUUAGAUUUCUUGUACCAGCUUGAGUUCUUGAGAGAUUUUAAGCAAAAAAAAAAAAAGACGAGGGAACUCUGGAUCUGUUCAUUUCGAGUGUUAUCGUAUAUCUAUUGUAUGUUUGGAAGUUGGGUUUUAAGAAUCAAUGGUGUUGAAGUGUAAUUGGAGUAUGUCUAAAUGAAAUGGAUGUUCCGUGUGAGUGCUUACUCUGUGUUGAUCAUAAAAA